AUGGAUCUGUGCCUUCAGAUGUCCGCUAUGGGCAUGCGAAGUGGAUGCCGACUCUGCCUGGACACGCUCCCAUUGCAAGCCGAAGCUCUUCACCACUACCGCGCACUGCUCAAGUCCUGCUUGGAGUCUGUUCAAGGCGAUGUGGAGGAGAUGCAAUCUGUAGGCAUCCUGCACCAGAAGCUGCAGGAAGUCGAGUGCAUGCAGUACCGUCUGAUCAUGAAGGAAGCCGGGAAGGAAGAUCAGGAGGUUCUCGUCGGAAGCACGGCGCUGGCCGGGCGAAGCCCGCUGGGCCGCAUCAUGGCCCGAGCCAACAGCAAAUCAAGCAACGGAAAGAGGAGGACAAGCAGCGUGUCAGAUCCCAUUGACGAAACUGCAGAGACGGCCCUGGAUUUGGACCAGGACGACCCCUUCACCACGUUGGUAUCUCCGAAUCCGAGCAUCGGGUGCGAUGACUCUGGCAUGAAAUCGCCUGGAAGCAGCACCAGCGAGGAUGCUGGCAACGAGGACCAGGAAUUGCCUUCGUUGCCACGCAAGCCCACAGCACCGAAGACGCCCAAAACCAUGUCAUUCCUGACACGUUUGAGGCGCCGCUCUGCCACCGCGAGCAACUGA